AAAGAAAAUUUGGAUUUAUUCACUGCAUAGGUUCAGCGACUAUUGAAGCAAGCUUGGCCCCGCACGUCGUACUAGGUCUGGAUCUCCCUCAAGCGCCGACACCGAAUGGCAGCCGCGUCAUGAAUCCGCGGGCCGCAAUGCUCCGGGGUUUGAACCCCGCGGGCGGAUCCGCAGAGAAUCCAGUCACGCAUCUGCCUAGUGGCCUUGCAGACACGCGUCGCCGGAUGACGAUCAUGGCGUCCGAAGACAGCAGCUGGAGCUCAUCAGAGCGCGACGCUGACAGCAGCUACGACGAUGACAACGACGACGACAACAAUGACGACGACAAGCCUCUCGUCCAGGACGCUGAUGAACUUGAAACCACCCCCUCCUCCAUCGGCGGCAAUGCCUCACAUACCACGGGCUUAGACUCCGUCCACAGUUCUCGCAGCAGCACACCCGACCAAGAACCCCCAAGGACGGUAACCAUGACGGCGAGGGCCUACCAGCUCGAGAUGCUCGAAGAGAGCCUCAAGAAAAACGUUAUUGUUGCGAUGGACACCGGGAGUGGGAAAACUCAAGUCGCCAUCAUGCGGAUCCAGGCAGAGCUCGAACGGGGCGACAAGAUUGCAUGGUUCCUGGCCCCAACAGUAUCCCUAGCUGAGCAGCAGUUUGAGACCAUCCGAGCCCAGAUUCCGGGAGUCCAGUCUAGACUGAUACUCGGGUCCGACAAUGUCGAAGCAUGGUCGAGCAAGCCCGGCGUGUGGGAUGCCGUCCUCUUCAACACCCGCAUCAUUGUCUCAACUUAUCAGAUUCUGUUCGACGCCGUAACCCAUGCCCUUGUUCCCCUCGCUUCUCUCGGGAUUAUCGUUGUUGACGAAGCCCACCACUCGAAGGGCAACAACCCCGUCGCAAGGCUCAUGAGGGAGCACUAUGUACCCAACAAAGCCCGAGGACUUCCCGUUCCCCAUAUCUUGGGGUUGACGGCGAGCCCCCUGAUGACGUCCAACUUGAACGAUCUCGAAGUCCUCGAGAGGACCCUAGAUGCCGUCUGCAAGACGCCGAGCAAGCACAGGGAAGAGCUUAUGGCUCAAGUCAAUCACCCCGAGAUGAAGACCAUCUCGUACGGAGGCGCGGCGAGUCUCGACGACGCUGCUCAGCCGACUCCGGCCAUGUUGAGGCUCAGGAACACGUGCCUUGAGCUCGACAUCCGCCAGGAUCCGUUCGUCCGGCAUUUGUUGACCGACAAUACAGCACGGGGCCGGGAGACGCUGAAGAAGGUUCUCUUAACCAAGGAGACAUACUCCCGGUCACAGAUGGAGACGUUCUGCAGAAGAGCCUGGGAGGUGUGGAAGACCUUCGGGCCGUGGGCCGCAGACUACUAUAUCUACAGAGUAAUCUCUUCCUUCCUUAGGGGCUCAGAUAACCCUCCCAGCCAGGAGGGCGACAGUCUAGGCGACCAAGAAUGGGCAUACCUGGCGGAGGCCUUCCGCAAGUUGGACGCGCAGCCACCUCCUGAGACACCGACCGAACUCUCGCCCAAGGUGCACGCCCUGCUCGACGCUCUCGAGUCUCACGAGGGGAACCCGAUCGGCAUCAUCUUCGUCAAAGAGCGGGCGAGCGUCGCGGUGCUGUCCCACAUCCUCGCCGUACAUCCCAAAACAUCGCGCCGCUACCGAGUGGGCUCCAUGGUCGGCACUUCGAGAGUGCCAGGGAGGAGGCGAGACAUCCUGGAUCUGAGCCAAAAGGACUACCUGCUCGCUCUCCAGGCGUUUCGAAAGGGUGCAAUCAACCUUUUGGUUGCGACAAGCGUGCUCGAAGAAGGAAUCGACGUGCCGGCGUGUAAUCUCGUCAUCUGCUUCGACAAGCUGGACAACCUCAAGUCUUUCAUCCAACGCCGGGGGCGAGCACGCAUGUCAGCAUCCCACCUGUACCUCCUCGUCGAGGAUGAAUCGGACCCCUCGUCUCGCCAGUGGCAGAACCUCGAGGGCGAGAUGAAGCGCAAGUACGAAGACGACAUGCGCGAGAACAAGCGGCUGGAGCAGAUCGAGGACAGCGAUGACCUGGACUAUCCGAUACUGAGGGACAGGGAGACGGGCGCCCAGAUCACCAUCCUCGAUGCGAAGGCGCACCUUGAGCAUUUCUGCGCCACCCUUUCGACGCGCAAGUACGUUGACUGGAGCCCCUUUUACGUCGUCCACGACCUGGAGGGCAACCCGGUCGACGCCCGCCAGCCCGGCCUGCGGAAAGCUACCGUCCAUCUUCCGGUAUCGCUGGCCCCCGAGUUGCGAACCUUUGAGAGCCUUCAUGCCUGGAGGUCCGAGGCGAAAGCCUGCAGGGACGCCGCCUUUCAGGCAUACGCCAAGCUGUACGAGGUCGGGCUGGUGAACCGCAACAUGCUGCCCAUCCGAGAGAGCGACCUGUUGAAGGAUGCCGAGCCGCGCGUCGGUAUGGUCACCGUCAGGCAGCAGUUCAACCCCUGGCCGCUCGUGGCUCAGGCGUGGCGGGACGGUGCCCCGAUCUCUAGCAGGCGGGUGACGAUUUCGAGCCACGACAGAUCCAUUUGCGCCGAACUUGAGCUCGCACUCCCGGUGCCGGUUCCGUACAUGGGCCAGUUUGAUUUGUACUGGGACCACAAGUCGGCGUGGCUCGUCCGCAUGAACCCGGAGGCGGGCACGCCAACGGCGGGAGCGAUGAGCGAGACUGACCACACGCCUGCUCUUCUCACCAUGGCCUUUGGACACCGGUGGCGGAUUCAGCAGCAGAAGCAAUUCCCCGUCCGCUUCACCUGCCUGGACCGUGACAUACGCCUCGACGACAUGAGCGCAACAGAGAUCAGCCCCGAGAUCAUGGCCAAGGUCGCACCAACCCAUCUCGUCCGAGACAUCGCGAACCAACAUCACCCCUAUUUCUAUCUUGACUGGCUCCCGUCAAAACCUGCGGCCGAUCUAGUCGGAAAGCCCUACCAGGGCUUCGACGAUGCUCCCCAAGAAGCCGCCUACGUUGCUGUCAAAAGCUGGCCCAAGAAGGUGAGCGCCUUCCGCCGGCCGCGCCCAAACUCGGCACCAACCCCCUGCACAAAACCGUACCCGAGGGUCCUGCCUGCGGACCAGGUCCGGGCCGACAGCAUCCCGGCGGUCUAUGCGCACAUUGCCAUGUUCAUCCCGGCCAUCACCCGCGCACUCGAAGUCCAUCUCGUGGCCAAGGACCUGCUGGACACUCGACUCGAGCCGACAGGCAUCACCGACCUGUCCCUCGUGGUCGCGGCGAUCAGCGCGAGCGCAGCCAGGGGACCGACGGACUACGAGCGGGUAGAGUUUCUUGGCGAUGCGAUCCUCAAGUUCUGUACAGCAGUCAACUGCUCCGCCAAUUAUCCCAUACACCCAGAAGGCUUCUUGUCACGGUUGAAGGACAAGAUCGUGUCUAACUCGAGACUCUUCCACGCUGCGGUCGACUUCGGUCUGGACCGCUACAUCAUUCACAAGACCUUCACCAUGCACAAAUGGCGGCCUGCCUACGUCGAGGACCUCCUAGAGAACCCGCCGUCCGAAACAGAAACCAGAAGACUCUCCACCAAGACGCUCGCCGACGUGGUCGAGGCCCUCAUCGGCGCGUCGUACAUUAGCGGUGGGACCCCCAAGGCCCUCGCAUGUAUGUCCCUGUUCCUCCCAGAGUUCGAGUGGCACAGCAUCGAGCACUGCCGCGAGGUGCUCUACAACCAGGCACCGGACGACGAGCCACUCCCCGCCACCAUGCGCUCGCUGGAGUCCCUGCUAGGUUACACCUUCACCAAGAGGUCGCUCCUCGUCGAGGCCAUGACCCACCCGUCUUGCAACGGCCCGAACAUUCGCGCCUCUCUGGACCGUCUCGAGUUCCUGGGGGAUGCCAUCCUGGACUACAUCGUCGUCAAGGCUCUCUUCGACAUGUCCACCCCCACCCCGCUCGAAAACUCGACCCUCCAUCUUCUCCGGACCACGCUGGUCAACGCCGACAUCCUCGCCUUCCUCGCCUUGGAGUGGGCCAUCACCCAAGACGGAUUCGACGUCGUUACCACCACCACCUCUACUACUACUACUACUACUCUUCCCUCCUCUUCGUCUGGGCGGGAGGACGCAGGUGCCAAUACAAGCGUGAUCGUGACCGCUCGCCAAACCCGGCUCCCGCUACCGUCCUUCCUCCGGCAUGCAUCCCCAGACCUGGGUCUGGCGCAGCGCGCCACGGCGCUCCGGCACGCGGCCAUGCGGGAGCCGAUCCUGCAGGCCCUCUGGAGGGGGCCGCGCUACCCGUGGUCGCUGCUGAGCCGGCUGCAGGCGCAAAAGUUCCACGCGGACGUGGUCGAGAGCCUGCUGGGCGCCGUGUGGGUGGACUCGGGCGACAUGAGGCAGUGCGAGGCGGUGGCGGAGCGGAUCGGGAUCCUGCCGCUGAUGCGCCGCCUGGUGGCCGACCGCGUGUGGCUGCUGCACCCCAAGGAGGAGCUCGGCGUGCUGGCGGGCAGCCGACCCGUCCGGUACCUGGUGCAGCAGGUCCCCGAGGGGGAGGAGGCGGAGAGGCUGUUCCGGUGCGAGGUCGCCGUCGACGGGGAGGUCGUCGGCAGGGCGGAGGGCGCGUUCAGCCAGGAGGAGGCGAGGACGAGGGCUGCGGAGGAAGCAUGUGCGAGGCUGAAGGAGGGAAAGGAAGACUGAUUGGUAGUACCAUUAGUUUGAACAACAAAGGAGAAGGGUGGUGUGGGGGAGAGCUCUGU